CUGCCGAGGACUUUUAUUAUGAAGGAGCUUGAGUUGACAGGAGUUGUACUGCAGCACAGCUUUAGUAAAGCUGGUCAGACUGCAGAAUGGAGACCAGUGGCAAACCCUCUACAGCACAGAUUGUGUUUCUGGCCACUAGCUCGGCUCUGACUGCUGUCUUAUACACCAUAUACAAGAAGAAGUCUAUCCAUGUAGCCAGAUUAAGGGAAGCCAAGAAGAUGCCAUUAAAUCCAGAUCUCAAAGCGAUCCUCGAUGAAGCUCCAGGAAAAUGUGUUCCUUAUGCAGUUAUUGAAGGUGUUGUGCGCUCAGUGAAGGAGACGUUGAACAGUCAGUUUGUAGGCAACUGUAAAGGGGUCAUCGAGAGGUUAACCCUAAAAGAGAAGAAGAUGGUGUGGAAUCGAACAACACAUAUAUGGAAUGAUUGUGAAAAGGUCAUCCACCAACGCACCAACACCAUGCCCUUUGACCUCGCCCCACAUGAUGCCACCGUUCCCACAACAGUGCGAGUGGUCGGUCCACUCGAUGCAGCCGAAUUGGAUCUGGAGACCACCUAUGAGAACUUUCAUCCCUCCCAGCAGUCUCUGACCAACGUCGUCAGCCACUUCAUCAGCGGCGAGCGCCCGCAGGGCAUCCAGGAGACAGAAGAAAUGCUGCGUCUGGGUGCCAGUAUGACGGGGGUAGGGGAGCUGGUCCUGGACAACAACCUGGUUCGUCUUCAACCCCCUAAACAGGGCCUGCGGUACUUCCUCAGCCGGCUUGACUAUGACACGCUCCUGAACAAGCAAGAGGGUCACCUGCGGAUCUGGAGGCUGUUGACGGUGCUGUUUGGCUUGACUGCCUGCGCCACACUAUUCUACCUGCUGUGGCGGCAGUAUGUGCUGCGAAAGGAGCGGAGGAAAGAGCGCAGCCUGCUGGACGAGUACAGGAAGUGGCAGAGCAACCGCUUGCAGGAGCUCCAUCUGGCUGAGGAGGAUUUGUCUCCUACUUCAUGCACGGUAUGCCUGAACCGUGAACGCUCGUGCGUGUUUCUGGAGUGUGGUCACGUGUGUGCCUGUGAGGAGUGCUAUAGGGCCCUUCCCAAACCGAAGAAAUGUCCCAUAUGCAGGGCUACAAUAGACAGGAUUGUGCCUCUGUAUAACAGUUAGAGGCCUGAUUAUAAUUACGUAGUAUGCAAUUACUUUGUAAUGAGGCACUUUGGGUGUGAGCAGAGCGUUUCAUGUCAUGCAAUAUCAAAAAUAUCAUGCAAAUACUCUGCAGUAAAAACAUUCUCCCAGUUUGUUUUCUAUUGAUUGAUCACACUGUUGGAAAUUGUUUUCACCACUUGUGCCUGUGUGAACUUUGUAAAAAAAUUCUUAAAUAAAAAUUU